AUGGCUAUCAAGAAAAAGCCAGAGGGAGUAUACGUUCAGGCGAGUACGCUAGGUUCGCUGGAAGCCUUACUUGAAUUCCUAAGGAAACAAAAAAUACCAUACUCAAACGUGAACAUCGGUCCGGUGCACAAGAAGGAUGUGCAAAAGGCAGCGGCGAUGCUGGAAAGGAAAGAAGAGUUUGCCUGCAUACUCGCGUUCGAUGUUCGCGUUGACCGAGAAGUGGAACAGUUCGCUGCUAGUGAAGGUGUUCGUAUUUUCUCUGCUGAUAUCAUCUACCAUCUAGAGGACGAUUUUCUGAAAUACAGGUAUUGCUUGAUUUUUGCCAAAGUUUUCAGAAUUUAA